UCCUCAUAUCAUAUAACACCGAUAACAGUAAUUGUGGCGUUUCAAACAACGAAAAAGAAUACGGAAAAAAAUUAUACAACAAAUUUGAAACGAAAUAUUAUCUGAGCAAGAAAAAAAUUAAUUUUUUAAACGAAUCGCGACAAUCCAAUCGAAUGCGUUUCGUUAAACGAUUCAUAAUAAAGAAAAAUUGUGAUUUGAAUGGUUUAAACCCCGAAAUCUAAUUGAAGAAUAUUUAAUCGAAAAGAGCAACAAAUCGGCGACGACACACAACUUUAUCAAACAACCAAAUUGAUUGAAUUGAUAGACACGAAAUUGUUUCUAAACCGAACAAAACCGAAUAUAAAGAUGUUUUAACUUUAUUUUUUUUUCUUGGCGAACAGUGAAUGCAAUUUUGGUUGAACAAAAAGAAAAGAAAAACAAACAGAAGCAGCAAAAAAUACAAAGCGUUUCUUCAAUAAGUGAAACGAACAAAAAAAAACCAUAACGAAUCAUCCACAUACACACACAGAGAGAGAGAGACAUCGAUAGUAAAUCGGAUAUAGGAUCAUUAGGGGUUGGCGCCUGACAUUAACCGAUUAGUAAGCAUCAACAGAAGAGAGACAGAGCAAAGGUACGGGCGGUGUGCAACACAGUUUCGUUUCAAACAAAAGGAACAAAAGAGACGAAGGUGUGAGCGAGACAGAACGAGACAGCCGAAGGAUUUUCAAUUGUGGCAAAUAGUUGUCGCACACACGAUCGAUCCGAAUAGAUUUUAGUAUUGUGCACGCAGCCAAGGCAGUCGUACAUAGUUUUUUGUGCACUGCUUGAGCAGUUGGAAUUUGUCUAUCGAGCCAUUUUCAAUCGAUUUGUGCAUUCAUUUUCAUCCGCAAGUUAAUAACCAAUGAAAUAGCUCAAUUAAAAUUAUUUGUGGUACAAGAUUCAACGGAGAGUUAAAAAAAAAUCCACAAAAAUACACUUUUUAAUCGGCCGUAUAAUUUAAUUUGUGGUGAGUCAAAGUAAACAUAAAAAUUCUGUUCGCAUGUGAAUUAUUUAAGAAAAAAAAAAACGAACGAACUUGAUAAAAUAUCGGUAUUUGAUGGUCAACCUAAAAAUAUAACAUUUUCAUCGUUUCUUCUCGACUAAACGAAAAAAUUCGUCGUGUGGUGUGAGAGUACCAAGAAUGAUAGUUUUAUGUGAAUCAAAGACUCUCACGGUUCAAAAAAUCGAGUGACAUUUUUUUAUUUAUUCAUUCUUUUUGCUCCGUCUCCUGUGUCUGUGUGCAUCAUUUGGAUAUUUUGUUUUAUGAUCAAACAUAUUUUAUUUCCAAUUGGCUCCGUGUCUAAUACUUCGUUUUUUUGUUUUAUGUUCAGUCGUCAUCGUGUGAUUUUAUUACCGAACGAAGAAAAGAACCAGAGAGUUGAAAAAAAGAGCAAGCAAAAGAAAAAGCAAACAAAUAAAAUCAAUAAAAAUAAAACCACAAAAUAAAAUGAUGAGCGAAUGUCUUCUUAAUGUAAAAACAGUCGUGGUCAUCGAGUAAUUCAUGGACGAAGAAAGAAAAAAAAAGAAUCAAAUCCCAUAUAAAUCGAUCAACAGCACACAAAUCACAGCCCAAUUAGUGCGUGAUAAUAACAGAAACAGUAUAAAAAUUUAAGCAAAAAAAAAAAAACCAGGAGAGCGCGCGGUGUGUAAAAUUUUUGUUUGUUUCACAUAUUGAAAACGUAAAGAGAACUCUAUGAUUAUGGAUAUGACAUCGGCGGCUGAGUCGAGGUGGUACGACAAUCCACGAUUGAGUGGAUCACCAAAUGCUGGGACAAGCCAUCAAUCGACCGGCUCAUCUGGCACCGCAAAUGCCAACAAUGGAGGCAUCGUCGAUGCAUCCGAUAUGGGUGCAUUCUAUUCGCUCGAAAAUGCCGGCCAUCGAAGAUACUACUCCACUGGAUACGGACCACAUGCUUCACGAAUGUCAUCGUCGCACAGUACACAACAAAUUUGUAGGCCGCAUUUCCAUGCGCCAUUGCAUCCGUGGCUAAGCGAACCAAAAUCACUAGCGCCUGGCAGUCCAUGGGGUAGCCCAUUUGCUUGUCCACAAGAGCCACAGGAUAAAGUUGGUCAAGUAGUACAAAGCCAUCAAACCGGCCAACAUCUAUUUUCGUUUCCUCCAACACCACCAAAAGAUUCAACACCUGAUUCAGUACAAACAGGACCUUCCGAAUAUCAAGCUGCCGUAAAUGCAUUUAUGCACCAGGCUCAAGCAUCGUCAACUACCUCAUUAUCAACUGACAAUUGUUCGUCGUUAGACAUAAAACCGUCGAUACAGCAAAAUGGUACAAGUCAAUCGUCAGCGCCGAAACAACGUGAAGGUACGACAUCAUCGUCAAGUGGCAAUACCAAUAACAAUAACAGUUCGAAUAGCAAUAAUAACAAUAAUACGAAUAGUAGUAGUAAUCAAAGUAGUUCCUUAAACGGUGGACUUUUCGAUAAUACACCAAGUGUGUAUGGAAAUAGUGGCAGCGGCUACGAGAGUAGCUAUCAAAGCUAUCAUCCAUCGAAUAAUGUGGCCACAGCAACUGGGUCAUUUCACAGUGGUGGCAAUGCGCCCAGUAAUAGUGGCCUAGGUGGUACAAAUAUUGGUGGUAAUAUGCGAAGCAAUUUAAGUCCACCACUUCAUUCCCACCAUCAUCAUCAUCAUUCGUCGUCACUGUCUUCAUCAUCGUCGGCCGGCAAUAAACCACAACGGACCAAACCACGGACAAGUGCUGAGGGUAGAGAAUGCGUGAAUUGUGGUGCAACAUCAACGCCAUUGUGGCGACGAGACGGUACUGGCCAUUACUUGUGUAAUGCCUGUGGACUGUAUUACAAAAUGAACGGACAAAAUAGACCGCUAAUCAAACCGAAACGAAGACUGUUACAGUCAUUGCAAAGUGCAGCCCGACGUGCAGGAACCUCAUGCGCCAACUGCAAAACGACCACAACAACCCUUUGGAGACGGAAUCAAAGUGGUGAACCAGUAUGCAAUGCCUGCGGACUAUACUAUAAACUACACAAUGUAAAUCGACCACUGACCAUGAAAAAGGAAGGAAUCCAAACGCGAAAUCGCAAACUAUCAUCGAAAUCAAAGAAAAAGAAGGGAAUGGCUGGUGGAUGUUUGCCAAUGGGUGGCCAUUUGGGAAUGAGCGAUUUGAUGAAGCCUUUAGACCCAUCGAAAGCAUUUUCCGGCGGCUUCCCCGGCUCAAUGGGUCAACAUAGCCAUCUAUCUGGAUCGUUGCAUCCAGCACAUGCGCAUAUGCACGGCGGUUGGUAUGCCAGCGGAAUGGGAGCACUUGGCGCUUCUAGCGGCUUACAAAGUGGUUUUUCAUCAGGUGGACUUGGUGGUGGUGUAGUGCCUCAUUCGCAAUCGUAUCAUCUAAUGGGUGCGACAUGGGGACGUGACUACGCGUGAUGGAACAACUAUGAGGCGGAAAAUUUCUAAACUACAUGAAGAUUGAAUUGAGAGAUCAUCUGUCAAAUGUGUACAAAAUAAAAUGGAAAACAAGAAAGAGAAAAAAGAAAAUUUAAAGACUUCAAAACAUGAUUCAACUGUGAAAAUUGUGGAAUUUGACAUUUUUUCGCUAUAUUCGACGGCAACAACUUUUCAUUUUCACAUACAUCGAUCCAGACUACAAAUGACUACCAAACAAAUUGGACACGAGCGAUUUGAAGGUGAAGUAAGUACAUUACACAUACUGACAACAAAAUCCAACGCACAACACAUUUGAAUUGAUUCACGGCCAAGAAAUCAUUUUUUGAUUCAAAAAAUAAACGCAUUUACUUUGUAACGGAUUUGGUCAUUCAUUUCGGAAGCGAAUAACAAACAAAAAACAGUAAACAAAGUCGAUUAAAAGAGACGUUAAAUUGCUCAAUAAUUCCUUCUUCGUUUUUCGUUUUAAUUUGAUGUGCAAUCUUAUCGUUUUUUCUAUUGUGUAAAGCAUUACUUUUAGAAUUGUCAAUCAGAUACAAUCGUUUUGAUCAUUCGAACGUACUGAUGAUACAAAAUAUUUAUGAUAAGUUUUGCUGAAUUGAUUUUUCGGUAGAGUUCAGGCAAGAAAUCGGGCCCAUCAGUUGCCAUAUAUAUAAAACAAAAGAAGAGAAAAAAAACACACGUCCAACGUUUCGUGCGACUUUCGUGCGCAAAUCAAUGCAUUGAAAGUGGCAAAAAAAACAAUAAAAAGAUUGUGAACCAUUUUUUUUUUACAAAAAAAUCGAAAAUGAAACAUUUUAAAUGGAAAAAUCUGGGCAAAAUGCACCAUCCAAAAAGCUCAUAGCUAGACGUUCACCACCCAAAUUCACAAUACAAGUAGCGAGAAAAUGCGUGGUGGUGAGCAUUUUUAGCCCAUGAUUUAGGUCAUAAUUGUAUAAAAAAAAACAACCUUUUAUAUUUUUUAGCGUAAAUUGUAAGGAUAUUCAUAGAUACGUAGUUCAUAGACUGUAAGCAAAACAUGGAGUGGCAAAGCAAAGAGAAAAGCAAACAAGAAGAAAAAACAAAACGUGUACAUAAUACAUAAAACAAUCUAGAAGUUUUAUCGGCUUGAAUGUCAAAUGGCAGAAAGAUACAUGAACUUUUCGAGAAGAAGAAAAAUUGCGCUAAUUAUAAGACGAGAUCUUCAAAAUAACAAAGCAUUUUUUUCUGUUUGUUUAUUUCGUUCAAUCUAAAACAAAUUAAUCUGUAGAUAAGAAAUGAGAGAAAAAAAAAAGUUUAAAAUAAACGUCUUUAGUGGUCAAUAAACGUCAUGUAAAUUAAUCUAAACAUAUAUUCAAAAUGAUUUCAACAAUUUCACAUAGAUUUUAGACAAAAACACACACACACACAAACAAACACAUUCAAGCAGAUGAUGCGAUCGAUGAUUAAUCGCUGUUUAAAUGCGUUAAUUAAGGAGAAUAUUAAGAGAAAAUUAAUGAACGAGACAGAAAGAAAAAAUCAGCAUUAGUUUAUAAAACCUUAUCUAAAGAAAUUUUAGUGAGCAAAUUAAGAUGUCUAAAUGUUUUCACAAGAAUAAAAUAAUAAAUUACAACAAAAAUAUACAAAAAAAAA